AAGUCAAGCCUAGCCUACAGUUGUCAGUGGUACCCACAGUGUUGGCUCGUCUCGGGGGACGUACGUGCGCCAACAGGUACACACGGACAUACACAUACACUUACACACUAGCAGACAUACACACGGCACGACUGACCACACGGAGGUUGUGUCAACUUUUAAAACGCCACCAAAGGAUUUUGUGAACUUCUGAAGUCUCGUCAACUCGGGUGGAUUAUUUUUUGGUGAACUUUCAAUGGCUCCACGUCUUGGACGAUUUUUUGUGAAAUUCUUCUAGUGACUCCACGUCUUGGGCGAAUUUUGGUGAACUUUUAAUGGCCCUGCGACUUAGACGACUUUCUGUGAACUUUUAACGACUCCACGUCUUGAACUAGGACGACUUUCUGUGAACUUCUCCUAAUCACGUCUUAAACCAUUUUUUUAAAGAAAAUGUUUAAUGGGUCGCUGUCUCGGUCGGAUUUUUGUGAACUGUGGAUAUGUCGAGAGGAUUGUGUGAGAUUUUAAUGCCUCUGAAAGCCAAAGCCAAUAUCUCGUCAGUCGGAUAAAUACCCGUUCCGAACCCUCACCCACCCCCCUUAUCAAUUUAUAAGACAGCAACUAAGGUGCCAAAUCUUUUCAACCUAAAGUGUGCAUUGUGCAUUUUUAUAACAAUGCCAAAGUCCUGUCUUAGUUUUAGUACGAGUUCUACGGCAUAGGCGCCGAAGAUUAGAGGAGUUACUAGAGAGUAACAUAAAAAGACAAGGAGGAGGAAUUAAGGGUGAAAGAUUUGGAUAUAGGACAGAAGAAGCAAACCACACCAGAGCACCUGCAACCACCCGCAGAUUCCAAGUCCUGUAAUUAUAGCGCCAGUGGUGGGAACGUCAAAUAGAGGCGACAUACUACGACCACACACACGCACACACACAUACACCCACACACCCACGCGCGCACACACACACACACACACACACACACACACACACACACACACACACACACUGAACGUGAAACGGUUUAUGGAUCGCAUAUUAAGCAAAGGAAAAUAUUUCAAAGGCGGGGAGAAAACUCAGAAUAACCACGUCCUGAUCAACACAAAGACUGCAUUAACCACGGCCCCCGCCAUCGACUUGCUUCCAAAUCAUUCUUCCAGUGAUCGGGUGCGAGUGAACUUCUAGACUCUGGGCCGGCUUGUUUUCUGUUGCAAGUUUCUUAAUGAGAGUGAGCGACUAACCAUCAAAGGAUUGUUUGUUGGUUCGUUGGUUGGUUGGUUCGUUCGGGUAAAGAGAAGCACGUCGACACAGUUACAAGUCAUUUCGAGCAGGAGAAAAGGCAAGGGAAAGAUAAACAGAAGGAAAAAACAGAAGUAGGACCGCCUACCAGUGGUACCCUCCAACGACCUGCGCUACUACUACAUGUACUACAAUGAAGUGGGUCAUUAGGCCCUGGCACUGAAACUAGUGAUAUCUACGGAAUAAACAGAACAGUAGAGUGUUCAGAAACCCACACGAUCACAAAAUGUCCAAGUCACCGCAAGCACCGAUACUUGUCAAGUCAAAGUCGGACAUGUCGCCGACGAGGAGCGUCAAAUUCGACCUAUCCUCACGACGCAGCUCAGCAAUGUCCAGCAAAUCCCCGCCCCGCAAGUCCUCCCCGGGCAAACGCACGCCGUCCGCCUCCCCUCCCAAGUCCUCCUCUCCGGCGGCUCGCCGGGCACGUAGCAAGGACAGCGGAGGAGGCGGGGGCGGCUCCCCGGGGACGGGGUCACGAGGUCGCAAACCGUCCAAGUCACCGCCCAAGUCGGCGGCCUCGGGGGGCAGAAAGGGCUCCUCCCAGUCCCCGGCGGCCCGCGCACAGUCCGGCAAGACGAGCAGGCAGAGCAGCAAAGGCAGGGCCGCCUCCAAGGAUGGAAGCGCUAAAGACAAGAAAGCGCAGUCCAAGAGCCCCGAGCUCACAGAGUCCGGCCUCAAGAUCGUGGACUGGUCAGGCCAGGGGAUGACCACCAUCCCUUCGAAUCUCGUCACAGCCAAAGACGUGGGCCACCUGAUCCUGGCCUCCAACAACCUGCGCUCCCUCCCGGUGGAGAUCCGGCGCAUGCGCAGCAUGGAGAAGCUGGACCUGAGCAAGAACGGCAUCCGGUGCACCAACAGCGGCGACUUCUCGGGCCUGCCCCAGGAGAUGAGCGAGCUGGUCAACCUGACGGAGCUCAGCAUCUCCGAGUGCAACCUGCCCUACAUCCCGCCCGCCAUCUUCAAGAUCGCCAGCCUCAAGUACCUGGACCUCAGCAGGAACAAGGUGAACAUCCUGCUGCCAGAGAUCGGCCAGCUGGAGAACCUGGUCAAGCUGAACCUGCAGCAGACCAACAUCACAUCUCUGCCACCGGAGAUCGCCUACUGCCAGGAGCUGGAGGAAGUCUACCUGUGGGGCAACUCCAUCGAAACGCUGCCCGAGACCCUGCCCGAGAUGCCCAAACUCAGGGUGCUAGCGCUCAACUACAGGAGUUUCUGCGGCGUGGUGGACCCGUACAUGGAGAAUCUGCUGAAGAAGGGACAGAUCAAGUCGGAGCACAUCCCCACUGUGGUGUUCGAACUCCCCGCCCUCGAGGUGCUGGACCUAGAGAGCACCAAGCUCAACACGCUGCCCGAGGUCUACAACAUACAGCUCAAGGAGUUCUACCUGUGCAAGAAUUUCCUACAGACGAUCCCGCCCAGCAUCUACAACCUCAAGUACCUGCGCGUCCUAGACAUGUCCAACAACCUGCUGACCAACCUGCCGGAGGAUAUCGGCCGGCUCAAGGGUCUGCGCGUGCUGCGGCUGUCCUGCAACAACUUUGAACGUGUGCCACCCACCAUCGGACACCUCACCCAGCUGGAGGAGCUCAACAUGUCCCAGAACAGGGUGCGCCGCCUCCCGCCCGAGAUCAAAGGCUUGACGUCCCUCCAGAUCCUGAUCCUGGAGCGCAACAACCUGCAGAGCCUGCCUGAGGAGCUGUGCGAGCUGAGGGAGCUGCACACGCUGGACGUGACCGACAACGAGAUCCGCGCCCUGCCCAUGGCCAUGCACCGGCUCACCAAGCUGACCGAGGCCCACGGCUUCCACAAGCUGGAGAAGUGCGGGCUGUGGCUGUACAAGAACCCGCUGGACCAGCCCCCGCCCGAGAUCUGGCGCACGGAGAAGCCCGAGAACAUCUUCGAGUACCUCAAGAAGCUGAUGAUCAUCAAGACGGAGAACCUGCAGAGGCAGAAGAUUCAGGUGCUGGGGAGCAGCCAGGGCGGGAAGACCAGCCUGGUCAACGUGCUCAGCCUGAGGAAGUCUUUGCUGACCAGAGGGCUGGCUGAGAGGACGCGGAUCCUGCAGCAGACCAUGUGGAAGACGGAGAACAACGUGGAGUUUGUGCUUAACGACUUCGGCGGCGACCCCAGCUACCGGAUCCUCUACCAGCUCUUUCUCGACAGCAAGGCCCUGGUGCUCCUCGUCUACAACGCGAUGGCCUUCACGGAGGAGUCCUUCUACCCCCUGAUUGGCCAGUGGCUGGACAUGCUCAGCACAACCACCCCGGGAGCUGUUGUUAAAAUAGUGGGCACACAGGUCGACCUACUGCAUCCCGUGAUAGAGGACGAUGAGGACGACGUGAAGACCAUAUCUUCUGAUCACGAACUCAAGCUUUUGUACCCCGCCUCCGAAGAAUCUAGGAGUCGCUGCGGGGGAGAAAUAGAGGAGGAGGAGGAAGAUGAUCUCUUUGACAUGGGUCCUCAAGACGAAGCCGCCAUCGCCAGGAACACCAGCACGCCAGCCGUGCCAGAGCCGCCGCAAAACGAAGUGGUCAAAGAUCUCGUCAACAAGCAUCUCAAAAACCACGAAGAAAAAAUUCAGGAGGAACUAGAAUCACUUCAGGCUGACAUCGCCAAGAUGACAGGCAAGAAAACAUCAGAGCUCACUGACAUCGAGGACGCGGCUCUCAAAAUGAUGAAUAUUAGGGAGCAGAAAUUGAAAGAUAUCUUGAAAACUCCGCUCAAAGUCCUGCCAGAGGUUGCAGUCGUCAGCGCCUCUGACAGCUUAGAGGGCAUCCUGCCUUUAAUUAACGAGCUCGAACAUUUGGCGAUAGAUCAGAAUCUCUUCCCACAUGCACAAAGACAUGUGCCGGCACAUUGGAACAGGAUGCGGGCUAUGCUCAAACAGAGAAAGGGCUACUACUUGUACUGGGAUGACCUGGAGGCUACAGCCAGCCUUUUCAGCAUCAAAGGGGAGGAACUCCGAGAAUGCAUCCUGUACCUUCAUGACACCGCCGAUGUCUUGUGGUACCAGGACGUGCCGGGCUUGUCAGAAAUUGUCUUCCACAAACCAAAGACGCUGGUGGACAUCCUGGCCUCGCUGUACCGCCACGACAUUCAGGACUACCUGCAGUACGAGAACAAAGUCUUCCUCAGCAAAGGCCGGCUGAGCAGGGAGCAGUUUGAGGAGACCACCAACAUCUUCCUCCACACCGGAGAGAUCUCCAGGCCCCUCCUCAACUGCCUCUGGUUCCACAUGAACUUUAAAAACGACGACUUGACCGAGCUGUUGGAGUUGCUGCCCUUGCUGGAAGUGUGCUACGCCGUACCGGAACCAGACGUGCCCAUCGGACCUCUGUACAACCGGCCACUGAUGGUGGUGCCCUGGUACAACGAGGAUACCGACUUCACGCUGCUCCGAGAAGUGUGGCCGGCAAAACCGACCGACGGGGAGCGGGACCUGACGGUCAUCUACACCUUCCCGUUCUACUACCCUCCCGAGAUCAUCCCCAGCUUCUCCGCCCAGAUCCACGAGUUCGUGGACGAGCGGCUCGACUGGAAAGACUUCAUUUACGCCGCCUGCGACACAGAGAAGCUCAUCGUCCAACACUCCAAGGACAAAGACUCGGCGGGCACCGUCACCAUCGUGGUGAGAGGCCCCGACUUCACCGAGGUGCAGGACCUCAUGAGGGAGCUGGUGGAGAUGCUCAACACCACGCUGCUGAGGUACCCGAGCCUCUACUGGAAGCUCUCCAUCCCCAUGGGGGGGAGCAUCAUCAAGGCCCUCGCCGAGACCGAGCUGUCCGUGCCGGGGAACUCCAGGAGGGCCAGCCGACUCAGCAGGUCCACUUCUUUCAAGAACUGAUUUUUCUUUUAGUAAGACUUUUACAGUACUUACAGCACAAUUAGGUCAUACAAUUUUUAUUUUUUAUGCCAAAGAUCAGAUUUGUUCGUUUGAGUAAAGAGAAGCACAUCGACACAAUAACGGUAUUUUAGUGGUGGGAAAUUGUAGGACAGACAGACAGACUGAAACAACAAAAGGAAUGCAAAGAAGUAGGACCAACAGGGGUGCCCUCCAACCACCCGCCCAAAGAUCAGAGUUGUUAUAAGAGAGUAACAAACACAAAGAAGGAGAAGAGAUUAGAACAAUAGAUGUAUUACCAGAAAGGAUGGAGCAAACCACACCAGAGCAUCUGCCAACCACCCAAUCAAGAACUGAGAUAAAUAUAAAAUGUACAAAGUUUUCUUUUUCCUCAAGCUCUGCUUCCCCAGAGCCUUGAAUGAGACACGGAAUUGCAGGUUUAUCAAGACGUUUAUUCUUGAUUUAUUUUGGAAGAAAACGAAAAAAAAAACGAACUGCUUCUCUGCAACAAGUGUUACUGAAGUCCAUGAUACUUCAUCCAGAAAUGCCACACCACUUGCCUUUUUAACAGUACAGAAUAUCAGUGAGUUAGGACGCUAUUUUCAAAAAAUGGCAUUGCAGUGUGUGUAGGUCUCGCCCUUCAUUGUAUUGAGAGAAAUCUUUCUGCUUAUUACAACCUUAUACAGGGGAUGAUUAUAAUUAUUAACUCUCAAAAUAUCACACUGCACACCAUGGGUUUCUAUUUCGUUGUAUCUCUCGACUUGAAAAUACAAAGUAAGAUACCAGUGGGAACUGAUGGAAUACGGAGAAUAAUUCAUUCUUACAAAAUAAAAGUACAAUACUUUGUAAGAAGGUGAAAACAGAACUCAAGCACCUGUGAUAUUUGUUACGACUGUGUAGAUGUGAUACUUCUAUCAUUCUUUUGCGUUAACCGUAACAUAAAAAAGAUUUCUUGUAUCUGUGAUAUUUUUUCUAAACUUAUAAGGACUUAAUUAUACUUACAUUUUAUGUUUGCCGUUGUAAAUAAAAGUACAUUGAAAUGAACACUG